GCAACACUUGGUCACAUUGACAGGCAAACAAGCUUCAGUAGAUAACUCUUUACGAAGGUGAUCAUCGCUACAACAACCUUGUCUCAAUGGCACGAUGGGUCACCUACACGAUGAAACAGACACUCUAUUCCCUCUUUGCAAGAAGAACCACUGGAUAACUAAGGUAUUCUCGCAUGGUAGAUCUUCUUCCCAUCUUCAACCCCACCCAUCCCCAACUCACAUGCCGGGUUCCGCUGCCGGAGAAAGCCAUCCAGCACCAACAGCACAAUCUAGUCCAUCUAUGUAUUGCCUAAUUCUAGAGCAGGAGCCGAGUUUCACGGUUAACGACUUGGUAGUCAUACAUACGAAGCGGCCAGCUUUUUCUCCUCACGCAAAGUCCUGCGCUGCUAUCUACGUGGUACACAUGUCAUAACCUCGAUGGCAUCUUUACUUACAAAUCAGGUCGGAGUCUAUCUCCUGUUGGGGGUGCUUGCAUAAGUAAGAUUUAUAUCCCCCAACAGGCCUCGCUACAAUCAACACCCUCAAUCUACACAAUAUGCACAUACCCAGUCACUCAUGUACUCACUCAUCACGUCAUGCUCGACAACUAUGCCUCUCCAAUAAGUUUUCUCAUUUUCAUCGAUAUCAUUGGAUCAAAGCCCGUUUAAGGGAGCUUCUCAAUCUCAUGCCUGACCAAACCAAUUCAUUCAAUUCCUUUCCAUUGCCUUCUCCCAUGCACGCCUUGCCUUUUCCCUUUCCUCAUCGCCCUACGGUUCAAGUCAAGAAAGAAUACAUUGUUAAACGAACACGCGUUCAACCCCGUCUCCUAAAAGUUUGUUUGUUGUCGUAAAUAAGAAACCAGCCGUUGCAGUUGAGCCCUCCCCCCGACAAACAACCCAAAAAUACCAUCAAAGCAAGCAAAUCCUGAUCCAGGGAAAGAAAAUGACACGC